AUGGAUGCUUCUUCCAGAAACUCUACAAAUCUAGGUGACAGCGGGAUAUUUCCCGAGCCACAUGUUGGAAUGGAAUUUGAUUCAGAAAAGGCAGCCAAGAUGUUUUAUGAAGAUUAUGCCAGACACUUGGGCUUCGCCCCUCAAGUCCAUCAUGAACGGUCAAAGUCCAAUGUCAAGGAAAUGUGCCGUGAGUUUUUGUGUUCCGUGGACAGGUUUAAAAAGGGAGCCUGUGUGGCAAUGCUCAGAAUCGAGCUGAGUAGCAAAAACAAAUGGACCGUGACAAAAUUCGUGAAGGAGCACAGUCACCCAACCCUAAACCAUAAUAAGCUGCAUUGCAUCCAGCUGAAGCGGCAUUUUGCGACCAUGGGCGUAGACGUGGUUCCAACUGGCGUUAUGUAUGUAUCUGUGGAUGGAAAUGAUUUUUCAGCAGGAUCAAAUAAUUUAGAAUUUUCCUGCCAGAGAAUAUUGGGCAGGGAUGCCCAGAAUGUUCUCGAUUAUUUCAAAAAGAUGCAGGCUGAGAAUCCAGGAUUUUACUACGCCAUACAUCUCGAUGAUGAGAACCACAUGACGAAUGCAUUCUGGGCGGAUGCCAGAUCGAGGGCAUCUUACAGUCAUUUUGGGGAUGCUGUUAUUUUGGACACAUCUUACAGGGCAAACCAAUACAAGGUCCCGUUUGCUCCAUUCACUGGUGUUAAUCACCAUGGCCAGAUAAUUUUGUUCGGCUGUGCUUUGGUUUUUGAUGAAUCUGAAGCUGCAUUUAUUUGGCUAUUUAAGACGUUUCUUGCCGCCAUGAACAACCGGGAGCCCGUCUCCUUUACUACAGAUGAUGACGGAGCCAUACGGGAUGCGGCGUCCCAGGUGUUUCCGCGGGCCCGCCAUUGUAUCAACAAAUGGCACGUUCUCAGAGAAGGCCAGCAAAGAAUGGCCCGUGUAUGCUUCACUCAUCCUAAAUUUCAGGUAGAUCUCUAUAAUUGCAUCAACAACACCGAGAAGGUUGAGGAAUUCGAGUGGUGUUGGCAGUCGAUUGUUGAAAAGUAUGACCUAAAGAAAAAUGACUGGCUUCGGUCCAUAUUCAGUAAACGUAAGCGUUGGGCACCCGUCUACUUUCGAGACUCUUUCUUUGCUACCUUGCCGGGUGCGGGACCUGAUCGCUCAUUUUUCAACGGCUAUGUAAAUAGUCAAACAACACUGCCUAUGUUCUUUAGACAGUAUGAACGUGCUUUGGAAAGCUCGUUCGAGAGGGAAGUUGAAGCCGAUUUCGACACGAUGUGUACAACCUCACUGUUGAGGACGCCUUCGCCUAUGGAAAAACAGGCAGCUGACUUGUACACGAAAAGGGUAUUCUCGAGAUUUCAAGAGGAGCUGGUUGAGACAUUCGUGUACACCGCGAAUAGAGUGGACGGAGAUGGGGAUAACUGUACAUACAGGGUGGCAAAAUUCGAGGACGACCGAAAAUCCUAUUUCGUGUCACUGAAUAUUGCGGAAAUGAAAGCAAAUUGUACCUGUAUGAUGUUUGAGUAUUCGGGCAUAUUAUGUAGACAUGUUCUUACAGUUUUUACUGUGACUAACGUACUCACCUUGCCAUCCCAUUACAUCUUAAACCGGUGGACUAGAAAUGCCAAAAGCGAAGGUCAGCUUGAACCACAGGGUCAUGGGACUCUUACGGAAAGGUAUAAUAAUUUAUGCAAAGAAGCAAUUAGAUUUGCGAUGGAAGGUGCUGUGACACAAGAGACGUAUAAUGUGGCACUUGCUAGUGUUCGAGAGGGAAUAAAGAAAGUUGGUGGUGUUAAAAAGAGUGUGACUAAUGUUGUGCCUUCUGGUCCGCUGGUUGGUGGAGUCGGUUGUGAUGACAAAGGGACAAAUACAGGAAAUCCAGAAACAACCCCUUUGCUAUGGCCAAGGCAAGAUGAGAUUACACCGCGCUUUAAUCUUAAUGAUGCUGGGAUUUUCCGUUCUGUUUCUGAUGCGGCUGCCAUAUGUGUGGCCCCACAUUCUCUUAACUGCAAUGCGGAUCGAGCUGAUAAAGUGCCAGUCCUUCCUUGUCUUAAGUCGAUGACUUGGAUUAUGGAGAAUAAGGACUCGACUCCAGCUAAUAAGAUAGCUGUUAUUAACCUUAAGUUACAAGAUUACAGCAAGAAUCCUCCAGUAGAAUCAGAGGUAAAAUUUUCACUCUCGAGGGCCACACUGGAGCCCAUGCUGAGGUCUAUGGCAUACAUCACUGAUCAGCUCACGGCACCUGCUAGUAACGUCGCAAUCAUCAACUUGAAGCUUCAAGAUCCAGUGACAACUUCAGUAGAAUCAGAGGUGAAAUUUCAGUUGUCAAGGGACACUUUAGGCGCCAUGUUGAGAUCAAUGGCGUACAUCCGUGAGCAACUAUCAAAUACGGUCGAACCCAAACCAGAAGCCCCGGCAAAAAGAUUGCGUAAGUAG